GAAAAUCUAAGCAAGAGUGAUCUGGGGCUGGCUCCAUGGUCUAAGAAGAAGAUGGCAAGUGCAGGCAGCCCCUCUAACCGCAGGAUGAUCACGGGGGACCUGAACCUGGAGGAGCAGCACCCAGAGGAGCAGCGCUGCUAUGAGUUCGUAUUCAGGCUCUUCAGAGAAAAUAAGGUGGAGAUCGCAAGUGCCAUACCAAAGCCAUUUCCUUUUCUCAUGGGCCUGCGAGAUCGGGGCUUCAUCUCUGAGUCAAUGUUCGAGCAUUUUCAAGAAGCUUGUAGAAAUCUGGUCCCAGUGGAAAGUGUGAUGUAUAAAGCUCUCAGUGAGCUGGAGAAGAAAUUUGACAAGACGGUUCUGGAAGCCCUGUUCAGCAAGGUUAACCUGAAGGCCUAUCCUGAGUUACUUCAGAUUUGCAAUAGCUUCAAAAACGUGAUUCAUGACAACUUCUAUUACCAAACCACUGAUGAAGGAGAGACAAAGGAGAUGCUCAACUCACAAUUAAGCCAUGAACAAGUGUCCUUGGAACACUCAUCUCUCCAAAUGAACAGUGUAAGAGGAUUUGAAAGUAUGCCCAGACUACUGCCAUAUUAUGGGCAAGAGAACAGCAAUGCCUGGGAUGAAGAAUGGCCCCAGGAAGCCUCAAGCUUCUCACCAAGAUGUGUGCCAGUUUCCUCUGAGCACAGAUUUCUCCAAAGGACCAGCAAAGGCAAUUCUGAAGAGAUGCCCAAACUGCAACCAGUGACCAGAGAUCCCAAAGCUCUCCAAGUGCCUCCUAAAGGAGAACCCAAGAAGGUGCUCAGCCCACUACCAGCAGAGGGAGAAGAGGGUAAAAAGGCCUAUUGUGUGAUCCAUGAGGAAGAAGAGCCCCAGGAAGCCCUGAGCUCCCCACCAAGAUGUGAGCCAGUGACCUGUGAUCCCAAAGCUCCCCAAAUGCCUCCUGAAGGAGAAGCCGAGGAGGUGCUCAGCCUAUUACCAGCAGAGGAGGGAGUGUCCUGUGACCCUGAAGCUUCCCAAAUGAGUGACAAAGAAGAACAAGAGGAGCUGCCCAGUCAGCCACUGGAUGGAGAAGAAGGCAGUGGCACCUGUUUCGAAAUAUGUGAUGAAGAAGAGACUCAGGAAUCCUUGAGCUCACCACCAAAAAGUGGACCAGAAACAGAGCUACCAAUGUUUGGAAAUGAGUGCUCCUGUGUGAUGUGCUUCCCCAAAGAGGUACGCAGAAUUCCAGAAGAAAGAACUGAAAGUAUGCAAGCUGGUGACAACAGAGAUACGGCGGAUCUUGGGAACAACUCUGCUGUGAGAAAACCCAAGAGGAGAAGAAGAAAAAAGAAAGGGCAUUCCUGGACAAGAGUAAAAGCAAAGAGGAGAAAUGUAUAUCGAAAAGCCCUAGACAACAGCAAAGCUGCUGGCCAACCGGCCCCAAGUGGAAAGAAGGUGAAACUGAGUCUGCAGGACCCUGCCAAGAUCAGGAGGAAAAGGAGAAGCAGACCUAGAAUCCGCUCUACUCGUAAUGACAGAACCCCAAGGGGAAGAGCUAAGUCAAGAGGGAAAAGAAAGUACGCAUACGAACAUGUGGAUUUUCACUCUCAGAUAAUUCCUGUGACCUGUGGUAAGGUGAAAGGAAAGUUACACAAGAAGAAGUUGAAAGUCGGAGCCUGGGUGAAGUGUAUACAGAGUGAAAAUGGAGACUGGUUCACCCCCAGGGAAUUUGAAAUCCGAGGCGGCCACGGAAGAUCAAAGAAUUGGAAGCUCAGUAUUCGCUGUGGAGGGAGGCCCCUGCGAUGGCUGAUGGAGAAAGCAUUUCUCCAUAAUCCUCCAAGGAAAUAUGACGGGAGAAGAAAGAAAAGAGGACUGAAGUCUCCUGACAACACCUUAGAUAGCCUUUGUCUGGGAAACUCAGAUGUGUGUGAGACCUGCCGGGAUGGAGGAAAGCUGUUCUGCUGUGACACUUGUUCGAGGUCUUUUCACGAGGACUGUCACAUCCCACCCGUGGAAACUGAGAAGAGCCCGUGGAGUUGCACCUUCUGCAGGAUGAAGGAGUCUUCAGGAAACCAGCAGGGUCUCAGAGAAUCUGAGGUCCUGGCGAGGCUGAUGCAGCCGGAGGAGCAGCUGAAAUGUGAGUUCCUCCUCUUGAAGGCCUAUUGCCAUUCAGAAAGCACCUUUUUUGCAAGGAUUCAAAAAAGGAUUCCAUAUUAUUAUUAUAUUAAAAAGGCUUCUAAAAACCUCAAGGAACCCAUGUGUUUGGACAAGAUCAAGAAGAGGCUGAAUGAGCAGGGCUACUCCCACGUGGAAGGGUUUAUGCGGGACAUGCGUCUCAUCUUUCAGAACCACAGGGCAUCUUACAAGUUCAAUGACUUUGGCCUAAUGGGAUUUAGACUGGAGGCAGAAUUUGAGAAGAAUUUCAAGGAAGUGUUUGCUCUUCAGGAAACAAAUGAGGACAGUUCUCUGGAAUAA